UCUGCUGGAGGUAAAUAAGGAAGUGAACUGCAGCGUUUCAGCGAGCUAAAGCUGCACGAUGUUUUGUCCAAAUAUGAAGACUUAAAACGGUUCAAAUAAAUCUUCUGCUUGACUCUUCUGUCAGUUCAGAUUGAGGAGCUUUAGUUUAGAUAAACACAGCCGGCGGGACAGGCAGGCGGCGCUGAUGUCUGUUAUCAUACAGACUCGAGGUGAGGUGGGCGGCGGCGUGGCGGCGCACCUCCAGUGCCCCAUCUGCGGCCAUUUCUCCAAGAGCCACGCCCACCAGCUGUCCCACAUGGCCGCCACUCACCCCGCCAGCCUGGACGGCGUGGCGGUCGGUCGCCUUGGCAACAUCUUGAUGUACCAGAGCACCGCCCGGCUGUUCCACUGCUCCGACUGCUUCUACACCUGUCGAGACUUCGCCAAGCUGUACAAACACAUCAUCUCCAAACACUGCGUGGACGAGAAGGAGGUGGGCGGGGCGGAGGGGGAAGGGGGCGGGGCGGAGGGGGAGGGGGGAGACGAAGGAAGUGAGAAGGGGGAUGAGAAGAUGGGGGAGGAAGGCGAGGAGGAGGAGAAAGACUCUCUGAAAAGAAAGAGGAGCAGCGAGGCUGAGGAGGAGGAGGCCGAGGGGAGCGAGUCAGUUAAACCUGACGGCGAAGGAGGCGAAGGCGUGCUGAUGUUCGACGGCGCCGGUUACCGCUGUCUGAUCUGCGGCUGGAAGAACAAGCUGAAAUCUCUGGGCGUCAACCACGUGGUGCGAAAACACGACAUCCCCAAAGCGUACGCCGCCCAGGCCAUCAGACGAGACGGCGCCGCCGCCACCUGCAGCGCGGAGGAGGAGGAGGUGGUCGGGCUGAGCGGAGAGCUCCUGCAGGAGGAGAUGAAGGCCACGGCCAAGGUCGUCAGCUUCAUCUCCAACCGCUUCGUCUGCCUCAUCUGCGGCUGGAAAACCAAACUCAAAGGUUUCGCCAUCAGUCACGUGGUUCGCUGUCACGACGUCGAGCGUCCGUACGGCUGCAAAGACUGCAAGCGUUCCUUCUUCCUGCCCAGCCGGCUGCAGCAGCACAUCGGAGCGGCUCACCGGCCCGGACGCUUCGCCUGCCCCUUCUGCUGCUUCAGGUCCCACUUCCUGGGAGGCUUCAGGAGGCACUGCAGCCGCUGCAACGCCCGCGAGGAGGAAGGUGGAGGAGGAGGAGGAGCAGCAGGAGGAGGAGGAGGAGGAGGAGGAGGGGGAGGACACUUCGGGGCCUCCGUAUGA